AUGAAUGAACUUAACGUCUCGCUCCGCCACGGCCUGGUGGACGUGUUUCAAGGCGAGACCGUGGCGCCGUACAUGCCGCCACACUUCUCGAGCCCGCAGAUGACGACGGCCUGUACGUUCAUCCUGCUCAAGAACGGGCAGGAUGUGUCUCCACACUCAAUCCUGGACAUGCACGCUCGCUCAAUUAGGGGUCCUCCGGAAUUAUCAGCUCGUAGCGGCUUCAGAACGAGAAACUUCAUCGGGGAACCAGGCCAGACCAUUGCUUCUUCUGUUAUUUUUGUCCCAGUAACAUCGAGUAGGACUACAUAA